AUGAGCUACCAAACCUGCCACCAUGUUAGCCUGGAAUGCCCUGUCUCAGACACUACCUACGGCUAUGCCCCGAAUCUUGGCGGAAACAUAUUCUUUACAGCAUUUUUCGCCGUCCUCGGAGUCGCCCAGCUGGGACUAGGCGUCUACUAUCGAACAUGGACCUUUUUGAUCGCGCUGGGUGUAGGAACAUUCAUGGAGAUGGCAGGAUACAUAGGACGGGUAUUGAUGCAUUACAAUCCCUGGAACGAGGGCGCUUUCAAGCUCCAAAUUGUAUGCCUGGUCCUUGCACCGACGUUUGUUGCCGCGGGUAUCUAUCUGACGCUGAAGCACGUCGUGCUAAAUCUCGGCCCGGAGCAUUCGAUCAUGAAGCCGCGCCUAUUCACCUGGAUCUUCAUCACGGCGGACGUUUUCUCACUUGUUUGUCAAGCUGCUGGAGGUGGUGCCGCCGCGGGUGCAGGUAAUACAAAUCAGUUCCUGCUGAAGGUUGGCGACGAUAUCAUUAUCGCCGGUAUCGCGUUCCAGGUAUUUACUAUGUCUGUGUGUGGCAUUCUAGCCUUGCAUUUCUUCUGGAACGUUGCACGGAAGGGCAACGGUCUGGUAGGGGAAAAGACUCUUGAUAGCAAUCUGGGUACCGCUGCUCCUGCUAUUUCUCCGAAUCGGAUGCGACUUAUCAUCGCUGCGGAAGUCUUUGCUUACUUCACUGUCUUGAUUCGGUGUAUCUAUCGCAUUCCAGAAAUGGCUGGGGGUUGGGGCAGUAAACUCAUGAGGAAAGAGGAUGAAUUUCUGCUUCUAGAUGGAAUGAUGAUCGCGAUGGCGACCUUAUCCUUCACCCUUUUCCACCCAGGGAGGUUUCUUCCUUCGAUUCGCAGUGAGAAGAAGAGUCAAGGCUAA